AUGUUAUUCAAAUCAAUUCAAUCUUUAAAUUCAAGUUUAUCAUCUUCAUCUAUGAAGAAACUCAACACUUUUUCAAAUGGUACUGGUGUUCAAGUAUCAAAUAAAAUCUCAUUGUUAGAUGGAAAUAAUAUUAGCCUUUUAAAUAAUAAUACAGACAACAGUAUUCCACUUUUAUAA